AUGAGCGGAACCGAAUCAAAGAGAUUGUACGCGCGUCAGGACGUAGAACAAAGCUUCCGCUUGAUAUCGGCAGUGGAGAAACGGCCGGUCGUUUAUAAUAAAAAACUAAAACAUUAUAAAAAUAAGGUAUCGCAGAACGACGCUUGGUCAAGCAUCGCUGUGGAGGUCCGAGACGAUACACCUUCACCUUCCAUUCCUGCCCGAACCCCCGCAAACCCUCAAAGAAAACGGCGAAGGAUCAAUGAGGGUAGUGAAGUGAGCGAGGUCCUCAAAGAGCUAAUGGAGGCGACCGUGGCCAACGCAAACUCGCCGGAAAACACUUCCGGUCGCUGGGUCGCUGAAUUCCUCAGACGAUUCACGCCUGAGGAACAACAGGAGGUGACGUCGAGGAUUCAGCGAGCCAUGCUGGAGGCCGAGGACGAUGUGAAGGCCAAAAGGCAAGCGAUGUGA